CUUGUUCCUUCUGCAGCUGUAAACUUGGUUCAAAUAACAUGUUUCUGGUGGCUUGAUAAAAGUCCAGGGUGGUGCUUGAUGUAGAAUUAGUGAGUGAACUGGCAUUUCUGAGUCACUGCUGAAGUAAUGAGAUAGGCUUUUUGUUGUCAUAGACAGGUUACAUUUGUAGAAGAAAUAUGCAGCCAUCACAGGCCAAGCACUACGUGCAAAAGGCAGCCAAUUUUUCUGAUCUAAUGAGCUGCAUGCCAACAUCUUAAUAUGACAGAGUGCAGAAGCACACAUACUUUACAUAGCUGGUAGGAGUGUGAGCUCUAAGAACCUUCUGCAGCUGAGAAGUAUGCUGGUCACCUGCUGUGCCACUGCUCUGUUGCAUUAUGGGUUUUGCAGCUUUGUCUCUGAAUGACUGAUAACAGCAGUCCUGGAUGUUCUGCAGCUCAUAUAGCACCGUGUUCAUGUUACUCCAUUCCUGCUCUGAAAUAACUCUGUGGUUGUGAUGCAGCUUGGAUGUAAACGUUACAUAGGAACUGCAUGUAGCCACAUGAGGCUUAGGAUCUGCAAGCUGACCAGUAUUGUGUAGAAGCAGAUUACACUUAAAUUGUCCAAUUUCUAUUGGUGUAAAUGCAUCAAUAUUUUGAAAAUCAAACCAGCAAAGGCCCAACCAAGUGUCUCCAUACCGUCUGUAAAUAGCUGCAUGGGCAAAAGGAGUUGCAAUUCUACUUCUGGAGUCCUGGAUAUUGAAAUCUAGAGUAUUAUGCAACUUGGCAACUUCCUUUUUUUAAUCUUGUUAGACAAGUAUGUUUUGUGCUUUGCGUUCCUUGUAAAAUUUCUAGGUGAGUUUUACAAAGAAAACUCCAUGGUGUUUUCAAAUGAAAACAAGGAAUAUUCAGAAACCUUUUCAAAGUGAUUUUUAAGUAGGCUGGAGUAGGAAGAUCAGCUUGGUCUUGUAGCCAGGUGAAAAAUUGGCCAUCAUAUCUUUUUUUAGCUUUUUAAAUUCCCUUUUCCUAAAGCAGGAUCUCCUGAUUCUUAUUCUCCUGAAAGGUUACUGUACUCUGCUAAUAUAACACAAAAUUCUUUUACUUAAGGUAGAGGACAGCAUUAAAGUGUAUACAGUUUGCUAAGACAGUCUCAUAAAAGUAAUUCCUCUAUGAAUGUGAGGUGUGAUUGUAACUUAGUGUUUUUGCCAGCUGGUUUCUGUCACAAACAUGUAGGUUGCAGUGAGUUUAGGUUGUUGUUUGUGUUAAGAUAUGAUGAUUUUGUAGCAACUUUGUUGGAAACUAUUACCUUUCUUAGCUUUUGUGAUCUGUUAAACAUGUGACCCUAGAAUGUGAGAGCUCGUUUUAAGCACCUUCCACGCAGGGAAAGGUGAGAAACCAUCUAAAUAGUAACAGGAUUAAGAGGAUAGGUCUGCAUAAUCCAAAUGCUCACUUGAAUUUAAGGUGGGUGAAAAUGUUGUCACUGAGUUUUUGAGCUUCCUGGAUGUAUAUGGAAGAGGAGAGCCUGUGAAUUUCUUGUCAGCGUUAGGAACAUGACAGCUGCCAUCCUCCCGAUUUUAUUUUUGUUUCUUUCCAUCUCCCUCUUCUAGUUAAGUUGUUUGUCCCCGUAGCCAAGUCCAAACUGCUUUGCCAGUACUUUUCUUAGCCACACCUUGUUAUGACUGAGCAGGAAUGUAUUGGCACUCCCUCACGUUGUGGAGUGGAAGUGUUACAAAGCUGUGCUUUCAUACAUCUUGCAAGUUUGACAAAUUGCCCAAGUAUAAUAAUAUUUUAAAAUAAUGGAGAGCAAACUGUCUUGCUUAGAACUUUUAGAACUGAUUGUAAUGUUUGUACAAAUGCUAAAUGUUUUAAGUGUUUAUACCACUGAGAAUUUAUUUGUGGAGUUAGGCAUUAGGGUCCUCUAUAAUUUGUUCCGAUUUCACAUUAGAAACCCUUCCUCCUUGAAUGGUUCUAAGUGGAAAGGGAAGUACAGCUGGCCAGGGGAGAACUUCUAGUUAAUGAACAGCAUGUUUUCCUUAGUGCUUCUAAUUGUACAAGCUGUAAAGAGAAUGGUAAAAUCUUGGUAAAAUAGGGUGAGUGAUUGCUUUGAUAUUCAUUGAAGUUUCUAGCUCUUGUAGCCUAAAGCAGUGCAUGCAAAUUAGACAUUGUGCUUCAGCUGAGGAGCAGAGGUUUUUGGAUUAAUCCUGCUUCACAAAUGAGGAAAACUGCAAGGAUAGUUGUGUCAAACGAACUUGCAGUGGGUUGAUAAUGGUUACAGCUCUAGAUUUGCUGACUCCCAGUCUUUUAUUGUUGCCUGCUAGCUCAUGUAAUGUCUGCAUUAUACUUACUAAUAUGGUAAAUACAUACCAGUAACUUACCCUAUAAUUACACUCUUACAGUUAACUGUCAGUUGCUUAUUGCCUAUAGUAUGCUCAAGAUUGACUGAAAUAUAAGUAGGAUCCUACUUGUUACUAAGCUGGAGAGGGUUUAAAUCUUCUCGCCUAACUACUUUAUCUUUCAGUGUGCCUGUAAUUGUUCUUGUUUACUGGUCAUUUUCUUGUGGUACAUGGAUUCAUCCAUCUAGACUAUUGAGCUCUUCUGUAAUGAAGUGGUUCUUUGCCGGUUUAGUAGUAGCCAGUAUGAUGGUAAAUGAUCUGUCAUCUGAUAUAUCCAGUGAAAGGGUAAAUAACUGUCUAACGCUAGUCCAUUGGUAUCUGACCUUCCUGUAAACUCCCUUGCUCUGGUUCCAGGAUCAUUUAAUUUUCUCUAUAUUUAAGAUUUAUUUUGGUUUGCAUAAGCAAGAUCUUCAGAGCAAUGAACACUUUCAUUGUUUUAUGUAAGGGACAGUUAACCCUCGCUGCAUGAGUUAUCCUCCUAUUGCUGCUUAAGAGAUGUCCUGCUGAUAACUGCUUUAAGAACAGCAUUUAGUGUCAUUAUUACGAGCAAGGUGAUGAUGAUUAUUAUCUCCAGUCCUACAAGGACUUGUCCUCUGCCCAGUUAGCAGAAGAUGAGUGUGAGAGUUGUCUUGAGAAUGCAAAGGAAAGCUGUAUUUUCACAUUAUCUGGCUCUGCAGCAGUGUGGCCAUGCCUGCCAGGCUGUUGUCAUAGCACUUGGUUCCUAGGGCUUUCCUCCUUCCUUUAAAAACUUAGAAAAAGCAUUACCAUGAUUUUUCUUUUUUAAUUCGGCAAUAGAAAUAGUUGUAGUCUUUGGGGCAUGUAAUUUAGUAUUGGUGAUAAGCAUCUCUGAAAGUAUCAUGCUCUGUUAUCUCAUGUACAUAGAUAUGUCAUUCUCCUGUUUGAAUAUUCAGUUAGUGGAGUAAUCAAAAGUAAGCAAAUAUUACAAGCUGUAGUUUAUAUUACGAGUUAGCAUAAGAUAAUUACAACCAAGUACGCAUUUCAUCAACAUACUCCUUAAAGUGAUGUGUUUGUUAGUGCUCAUUCAAGUAUAUUGUUACCCUUCUAUGCUCCAUGGAAGGUAACAACAGCGUGUUCUGUACUAGCGAAGGUGAUGGCCUUAUGUAUUUUCAGGGAAUCUAAAUGAUGUGUGUGUGAGUUCAAGAACUUGUAUCUACCUGUAGUUCUAAAACAGUUUUGCAUUGCCUGCUAGAGCUAAAACUAGGCCUCUGCUUUCUUGGUAAGUAAAUGAAACUAGUCAAAGCUAGUCUGACCUACAUCGCUGCCACAGAGUCAAAUGGAUCGAGGUGCUCAGCUUAGUUCUUUGCUAAUAUUUUGAUUAUUUGUAUAUUUCUUAAUCAGGGUAUAAUUACUUUCAAAGCAUAUUGAAAAUGUGGAUGAGAUGUUGAAGCGUGAGUGAGGCAUCACUUUGUAGGUUGGUAGUUUAGAACACAAAAAUGUGGAAAUGUGAAUGAGUCUCUUCUUAUCGCCCUGAAAUCUCACGCUAUCAGCGCCAUAGCAAAUGAUGGAAAUGGACUCAAAGCUGCGGAAUCUUAGGUCGUAGUUUCACAGUCAGAGUAAAUGUGGGCUGAGGUUUCACAGCCUUCUGUCUGCCACAGGCUGCUGGCACUAGCAUACUUUCUGCUUGAUCAGAGAGUAUCUCUCAGGCUAACCAGUUGUUUUUGCCAAUUUAAUUCUGCACUGGAUCAGUUCCCUAGUAUAGUUAAUUCCAUGGUUGCACAAAUGUUCAUACUGGCAUAAAGGAAGGAAUUUAGGUAAGAGUGACUAGGGACAAAGGAAGGGGGGCAGAGUAUGAGCUGAAGUACUUGAGCUGCGCUGUUAGGAUGCAAUUUCACAGGCAGUUUGAGGAGCUCUUGGUGAUACUUCUACUGAAGGGGAAUGCCCCACUCUUAUACCUGGCCAUUUGUAGUCUGUGCAUUCCUUAAUGCUGCCUCUGUUAUUUCAGUAUUUGCUUGUGCUAGCUUGCUGAUAUGGCUUAAAAACAAACAGAAACUAACCACUGCCUUUUGUGGUUAACAUUUAAUUUGGCAGCGUGCUGCAAAAGCAGCUGCUUAUGGCACUGCAAGCCCUUGUGUUGAUAGGGGAAAGGACAGGAAGAUAGGGUGGGACUUCUUAUGAUAAUGCACUUAACUCAUUUUGGAAACUGCACUGUUAGUGGUUUGUUGCUUGCAAAGCUUCUCUAAAAGAUGACAAAUUUAAGUCCUUGGUUGAGUUUUGUUAAGAUUGCUUCUCUUUUUUUUUUUUUUUUUUUGGAUAUCACUACUUCAGGCUCCUGACCUAACCUUCCCAUGUUUAUAUCCUGUUGUGCAGGGGGAUGUGCAUUACCAGGCUGGGUUUUGCUCUCAGGUCCCAAAUUAGUAGGAGAGGAUAUAAAUUGAAAUAGACAGCUGUCUUGUGUGGCCCUAUUUUGAAUGAUUCCAGCUGGAAGUGCUCUUGGGAUGUGACAGCUAUGCAGAUCUUCAUGUGAGAAAGAUGCUUUCUUUUCAAGUUAAAAGUGUAGCUAAUUAUAUUAGACGUACUGGUGGCAUGUAUCUCAGUUAUUAGAGUGGCAAGAGUGGUAUUCUUUGUAGACUGUUAUUUAAAAUAGAUUGCAUCUUUUGGCUAUAUUUGAUUUGCCAUGUAAAAUCAAACAAAUGUGACAAAAGCAGCAUCUUUAGCAUGUAUUUGUGUGUUUUAUACUCUUCUUUCCCUUCCUCCAGAUAAUGUCCCAUCCUAAAUGUUUAAAUACUGACUGCACACCUAAUAGUUGUUACUUGAUUCAUUUGGGGUACGAUUAGAAAUAUUAGUUGUAUUCAGCUGGUGUAACGAGACAGACCUGCAUUUUCUGAAUCUAUUGUAAUAAUAAUGAGACUCAUUGGGAGUUAGGGAGCAUGGUUUUUGUUUGCUUGGUCCUGACUCAUAACAAUAACUGUUUUUCUCAUUGGUUGGUCACCAAUCCUUCACGUAGUAUAGAAGCAGUCUCUAUGCAUAGAACUUAUUCAGUAUUCCCUCAAGACAAAACUUUUAGUGUAGAACUGCAUCUCUUUGUGAUUCUUGGGAGGGAUUUUGCGCUCAAUGUCACUAUUCAUUUGAUGAUUUCUGUAGAUCCAUUUUGAAUGUAAAGAGAAAAGACUUUUGAUAACGUUUGAUUUUAUUGGAGUUGCUCUUGAGAGAUGCUUGCUUCUGAAAAAUAAAUUCUUGUUAACAUAUGUAUCUGUGAAUAGAGCUGGUACCUUGGUGGUUGCUGUCACUUUUAAUUAUUCCUCCUUUGGUGAUUACUUAGUUAUUUUGCCUUUUCCUUCAUUUAAAGAGAGGUGGGGAGAAGCCCUCUCUUCGAAGGUGUUUACUGUAUAAGUGAGUUAUCACAGCAGUCUCUUUUUGCCAAAUAGAUGUUUGUGUUCCUUGGGACAGCUUGAAAACUUAGUGCUAAUAGACUACUAAUUAGAAAGUAGAUUCUCUUAGCCUUUAAACUGCCAGUGUCAGGUUUUUUGUUAAUUACAAACUGUAAUCUACUUUUGUAACUGCCUACAUGAGAUCGUAAAAUUCUGGUAAUCUUGCUGUUAGUGAGUUGAAUGAAUUGCUCCUCAGUUGAACCACAGUGAAAUUGGUUUGUUCUGAGUACUUCGUUUAAUUUGAAAUUAUCACUUAUAUGUGGACAGGAACUAAAAACUGGGGCUCCAAGGCAAGUGAAACAGUUCUUGUUACCUUUUUAGGACGUAAGAGUUACUUGAUCUCCUGGAAGAACCAGUUUAACAAAUGAUACCUAUGAAAGGAGAGGAAGCAUCAUUAUCCUCCCCAAAUAAACAUGGCUUGGCAUUUUGAAAGUUAAUUUGUAUGUAAUCUUCCAGACUCAUUCCAAAAAAGAACACUUGGUUUGUCUAAAAAUGCCUGCUGGUGAACUUACGGGAUCUCAGUUUGCCGAGCUACCUUUUAUGUAAUGGGAGAUAGCAGUUUGAAAAAUACAAUGAACGCUAAUACUGUAAUUCUGGUAUCUUAAUACUUCACUUACUCUGAAUGGUGUCAUCUUAUUGCUUGUGCCCAUUUCAUUUUGGAUAUUCUGCUGUGAAUAGCUGUAGAAGGGCAAUCAGCCAUUAAUUAUUAAUCACUGUUUCCUUCUAGGUUAAGUUACUUUGUUCAGGUGCUUAAUACAAUAGCAUAAGGAUUUCUGGGUUGUUGCCUGCCUUCAUGAGAAACUGAAUGACAAAAGAAAAUAGGUGCUAAGCUAAUUCAAUCCAUCUAGGAUUGUGAUGACUGUUUUUUAUUCUUGGUAGACUUACUGCAGGGAAGGAAUAUGCUCUUUCAGAUUCAUUAAAGGAUGGACAAUCUGAAGCAAAAGCAGGAAAAGAUGAUAUUUUUAACAAGUGGCUGCAGUAUAGUAAACUGAAAGCUAAUUUAAAUUGUUCUGCCGUUUGUAGGGACAUCAUUUAAGUUUAAGCUUUUUGCGAACGUAUUUAUUUUUUACCAGGGUUUUUGAAGCGUUGAUGCUUGCUUUCCUGGUGCACUUUUUUUCCUUGCAGUAAUAAUUCUGGUGCAGCUGAGAGUAAAACCUGACAGAAUAAGAGAUAGUGAGCACAGUCUGACAUACAUAUUCAAUUCCAAACAUGAGAAAACACUUCUUUUAGUGUGAGGGUGGCUGAAUACUGGAUGGAGUAGGAAUACUGGGGCAGCUGCUGGUUGCCUGAACCAGAUGUCAGCAAAGCUUUCUUAUAAUUACACUAAAAACAACAGGAGAUGCCAACAGACUUAAGAGAACCUCAAGCUGAUGAAGAGAAAAAUAUUUCUUUAUGGGUCUGUGGUAAGAGAUGUAUGUGUGAUAUGAAUGGUUUCAUUCUUCUGAACUCAUUACGAGACAGAUGCGUAUGGUUGUGAACCUGUGUGACUCUUUUUCUUCCGGAAGUUUUUGGGUAAGUCUCUUACCAGUGUCCCAUUUUAAAACUGGGUGGAUAGCAAGGCUAUGCUGUAGGCUGAGCACCAAAUAACACAAGAAGGGUGAAUGAAUGAGCACUGUGCCAAGGGAGACUUUUUCAGACCAUAUUAACAAACUGUGUGAACCAGUCCAAAUACCUGUGACACUCAAACUCAGGGCUGAAGGAGUGAGAUCAGAGCAAGAGGGCUGUAUUGCUUUCUGUUCUCCAACCAAAUGUGGGUGUUGGAGAGGCAAUGUGGACAGGAAAUGUGAUAGCAAUAUGUGAUAUGUAGGUUGGAUAUGUGUUACAGCAUGUGUUAUACUGAGAACUGUGUGUAUUUAGAUGAUUCAUGAUUUAGUUUUAUCAACCAGCUGGUCAGGAAGACAAAAGUAGUGAAAUUUGACUUGAUCCUGAGGUAUGUGUUGGUUGUGGCUCAGGAUGUUCUUUUGAGAAUCAUUCUGUAAUAAUUAAAGUAAUUUAAAGUUAAAAGUCCUUUUGUGAGCAACAGAAGAGUAAGAAACUCCUUAUGUCUUUUUUCAAAAUGGAAUCCUUGCAGAUGAUAUGGAGGUAAGGUAAUGAAUUGGGGUUCAAAACAAAAUGAUUAUUGCUUAGCAAAGACACUGAAAAAGAAACAAUAUUGUUGAAGGGAAGGAUUAAGGAAAUAAAGAAAAUCAGCAAUGUAUUUCAGGAAGCUGAAGUGUUGAGGGGAGAAGCAAAGUGCAGAGUUGCUGAUCAUUAUCACAUGAAACACAAGUAAGGUGUGUGAACAGGUUUGAAUAACAGUUUGCAGAAGGUGUACGUCCUGCUUCCAAGUGCAUUGGAAGCAAGAAGUCUUUAGGACUGCUGACUGCUGAAGGAGGACUGGAGAAAGGUGAAAGCACAGCAGGAGAGCUCCAUAAUUUCUGUGCCCCUACCUUUAAACUGUUGGAGCCCAACAGUGUAUUCUGUGGAGUUCUCUGCAUAUUUAUUCUACUGUUUUACACUCUCGGGAGUUGGAAUACUGAACAGGCCUGUCCUUGCGUACGGCUCUGUGUUAAAGAAGUAGAAUGUACUCCCUGGGAGACUGAAGUCUUUAUUUCCACUUCAGUUUUUAAGAUGUUGAAUUUCUUAUUUUUAAGUGUUACCAAGGUGACUUGAUCCUUAAAUUGUCUGAUAAGUGUAACGGUCUGUUGUGGACUGGAUUUCAGUAUUGGAUCGGAAAGGAAAUGCUGCAAAUGCAUUAGAGCUGUUGAGUGUAGCAGUUACUGCAGGACUCCAUGGAGAAAUUCUUGCUUCUAACAUGAAGCAGUGAGUAAGCAGUAGGCUGUAAGGAUCCAAUCUUGAGAAGAGAAGCUGAUCAACUUUUCUACAGUGAAAUCGGCAUUCAGCUUUUGGUUUUAUUUCAUUUUCAUGUUAAAAAAAAAAGGACUGAAAUGAGAUGUUGAGAGUUUUUUUUAUGAACAUCAGCAACUGUGAAAUUAAUUCUAGACUGUUUAGAAAUAAGAUCAGUAAAUUAGAAUGUGAUUCAUCUCAGAAAAACAAAGAUGUUGGUUUCAGUUGUCUCUCUGUUACUGAAUAUCUCCUGCAUAGCAAGUUCCUCUGAAAGACAUGUGAAUAAUGAGCCUGUAAUUGGAUAACUUUGUGUAAACUAUUGCCACCUCCUUCUCUUCUCCCACGCCGAAAAGUGCAGUGCAGCUUCUCUCUCUGUCUUAAGACAUUUUCUAGGACACAAGGCUAUACUAAAACAGCAGUUGCAGGUGUUUCUGUUUAGUUGCUUCACCUGCUGCUUAGACGAUAGAUCCAGAUUCUGAGAUAUGUUUCCCAGGCUUUCAUAGGUAAUAUGAUUGAUAGCUAACUACAUUGCAGAUGAAGUGUAAAGCUGUAUUUGGUCAGCUCUGUAGCUGAAGGCAGAAGGGAGCUGCAAGCCUAAUCUGGGCCUGCUCUGAGAAAAGCUUUUAACAGAUGCUCACUGUUGGUUUGGAGGAGUUAUUGGGAGUCAGGUUUAUCCUGCUUGCAGAUGAAGGUUCAUGUUGUGAAGUCCAGAAGUACACGAAGUGAUUAUAUAGUAACAGCAAAUGAUUAGUCUAUGAUAAAAGCUUCAAUGUCAUUGUUUAAAUUUUAAUCAUCCCUCCCUAGUGGAACAGCUAGCUUGUGUUUAGAGUAAUGUCUGGAAUUAGAACAAGGUUUUAAUGGUGCACAGCCUACAAUGAAGAGGAUAGCUGAAACUGCAAGGAUCAUUAAGCAUGGUCCCAUCGAGGAGGGUUGGGUUUUGACACUACUGAAGUGUGUAUUAUUGCGUAUGUAUUGCUCUGUCAACACCAAGUAUUCUGCCAAUUGACGUAUUCAAAUCAGACUUAAUUCUUUGAACUAAAAAAUCUUGAAUAGGUAGUCAGUUGGUGUGAACGGCAGUACCGAAUAGUUGUGCACUAUUGGUAGGUGCAUAACUACCAGGCACUGUCCACUGCUUUUCAGAGUAAAAACGGUUUUAAUUGUAAUGAUUCAGCUAAUAUACGUCAAGUAUGCAUAGCUGCAAACUUUCCUUGGCCAGUUUGGUAACCAUAAGCUAACAACUGUUGUGUGUUCCUUAUGGUGUCAGAAAACCCUACUGUGAAUCUUUCCUGGGGGAACACAUUCUGUGCAAGUAGUGAGUCAACAGUUCCAGAGACCUCAGGAUUGCACAAGCUGUAGUGUUAAGGAGGGCUUAUCAAAGAAGGUGUACCUCUGGGGGAUUGUAUUAAAGCAAUACUGGCACAACUCUCUGUUAGAGUUAGAAGUUAGAAGCUUUUGGGGAGUAGGAGACAAAUGGUUGUGCAGUGACCUUUACUUAGGACAUUCCACUACCAAAAUGUCUCAAGUUACUGAUACAGUUUUCACUUAUUUUACUCCCCAUCCUCCUCUUCCAUCCAAAGACCACUCUCAAGUUUGUUAGGGUCAGGAAGUCUGAAGUACAAACAGGUUGAAGUUACACAGUUUCUGAGUUGACUGUCUCCUCUUGAAUGCAACUACAACUUGCUUAUUGUUGGAGAACUUCUGCCACAUUUUAUUUCUGAGUAAGGUUAUGACCUGGCUGCUCUUGCAGAUACCGCUCUCACAACAGUAACAUUUUAUGCAACAAUCAUUAAAGCUCGCUGGCUGGGACUACUUUGGAGGCUCCGUGUCUGCCAAGGAUUUCUGUGCACACUAAAGCAAUUGAGCUGUGAGCUUGGAAAUGUUAUCUUAAUGCUUUAUGCUUACAAAGAGGACAGUAGCAUUAGAUAUUGUGCUCAGAAGGAGUCUUAUGCAGUGUGUUAAAAGCACCUGAAAGGAGCCCUUAAUUUUCAGGGAAAGCUUCUCUUGAAGUUGUGUGAAUCACCAAUGUGGUUAUGAAUUAUUCAGAAAUAGAGUCUAAGGUUCGAGAAGCAACCAAUGAUGAUCCAUGGGGACCUUCAGGGCAACUCAUGGGAGAGAUUGCCAAGGCAACAUUCAUGUAUGAACAGUUUCCAGAACUUAUGAACAUGCUUUGGACUCGCAUGCUGAAAGACAAUAAAAAGAACUGGAGGAGAGUUUAUAAGUCUUUGCUGCUCCUAGCUUACCUCAUAAGGAACGGAUCAGAGCGUGUUGUUACAAGUGCCAGAGAACACAUUUAUGAUUUGCGAUCCCUGGAAAAUUACCACUUUGUAGAUGAAAAUGGCAAGGACCAGGGUAUAAAUAUACGCCAGAAAGUAAAAGAAAUGGUUGAAUUUGCACAAGAUGAUGAUCGACUUCGGGAAGAAAGGAAGAAAGCAAAGAAGAACAAAGACAAAUACAUUGGUGUUUCUUCGGACAGUGUAGGAGGGUUCCGAUAUAGUGAAAGAUACGAUCCUGAGCCCAAGUCAAAAUGGGAUGAAGAUUGGGAUAAAAAAUCUACUUUUCCGUUCAGUGAUAAGUUAGGUGAGCUAAGCGACAAAAUUGGAAGCACAAUCGAUGACACCAUCAGCAAGUUCCGAAGGAAAGACAGAGAGGACUCUCCAGAAAGAUGCAGUGACAGUGAUGAGGAAAAAUCAAGAAGAAGUAAAUCUCCCAAAGCCGAAUUUAAAAAUGAAGAGGAGACUGUGACAACCAAACAUAUUCAUAUUACGCAGGCUACAGAAAUUAUCACCAGCAGACACAAACGUUCAGCAAAUCCUUCAAAAACCAUUGACUUAGGAGCAGCAGCACAUUAUACAGGUGAUAAAGCAAGCCCAGAACAGAAUGCUGCAUCUCAUGCUGGGCAGCCUACAGCAAAGGCUUCUGUAUCCUCUGGCAGCAAAUCAUCUAAUGACCUGGUUGAUCUGUUGUUUGAUGGAGCGAGCCAGCCAGUUGCAACAGAUGCAUCAGCUGACCCAUUUGGAGGAUUUGCUGAUUUUAGUUCAGCUGCUGCUUCAGCAAGUUUCCCAUCAUCACAAGGUACAACAAGUGGAAAUGGAGACUUUGGAGACUGGAGUGCCUUCAACCAAGCUUCUCCUUGUCCCAGUGCUUCAUCUGGUGAGCUCUUCAGCAGCACAGCACAGCAGCCAGCUAUAGAGCUCUUCAGUGUCUCACAGCCAGCUUCUGGCCAGCCUCCAGCUGCUUCAAAUUCUACAGAUCUUUUUGAUUUGAUGGGACCCUCUCAGACAACCAUGACCUCUUCACAAAGUAUGAAUUUCUCUAUGAUGAGCUCCAAUGCUGUGGGCAUCGGUUUACCCAUGUCAAGGUCUCAGCCCCUGCAGAGUGUGAACACUAUGAUGCCGAAGCCUAAUUCUCUUUAUAAUGCAAGCACAGAGGUGGUACAGAAGAGCGCAAGCAAAACUCUACCUUCAACUUGGUCAGAUCCCAGUGUAAAUAUCAGUUUGGACAAUUUAGUACCUGGGAUGCAGCCUUCCAAACCCCAGCAGCCAUCACUUAAUACCAUGAUGCAGCAACAAAAUAUGCAACAACCUAUGAAUGUCAUGACUCAAAACUUUGCAGCCGUGAACCUCAAUCCUCAACCUAACAUGAUGCCUGUUCGACCCCAGACAAGCCCGCUGAUGGGAGGGUCCAUUCCUGUGGGGAUGGGAAUGCCCAGUGUGAUGCCAGGUACGAUGGGGAUGACCUCCAUGGGACCCAUGCCUAUGUUGAACCAGGGAACGAUGGGUAUGAACAUGAACAUGGGAGUGCCAGCUACGGGAAUGGGUCUGACGGGCGCAAUAGGAAUGGGAAUAACCAAUAUCUCUAUGACCUCUAUGACUCCUGGGACUGUACAACCCAAGCAAGAUGCCUUUGCAAAUUUUGCCAAUUUUAGCAAAUAAAGAUUGUAAAAAUAAAUAAAAUAAAAAUAAAUGGGCAGUCUGAAUGAAGGAUUUUUAGCUGUACAAAUAUAGCUGGGAAGGGAUGGAAAACACCGAUCAAUACAUCUUUUUUUUUUCUUCUUUAUCAGUUCAAGUAUCUACAUAAAGAACCAAAAGCUAUUUUCUAAAUGUUGAAAUAACUAGUGUUCAAAUUCUGGAGAGAUGAAAGGUUCUUCUAAGGAAUGUAUUAAAUGAUUUUGCAAAAUAAUUUGUAUUGAGACCAUCAAAGCCUUUCCUGGGUAGAAGAACCAAUUUUAACCAUGGGACUUGGUGGAAGACUGGAAUGGGGGUUGAGUAAAAAUGAUUAAAUCUAAUUUUAUACUUUUCUUUUUCUUGAAGAGCUUGACUUUCGUUUCCCCCUCUCCCCAAUCACUUUGUCAUAAUUGGAUCAUUCCUUUUACUACCACUCUAAGUCCACAAUUGAAGUCACUCAAGUACCAUAAUCAGUUUUUUAUAAGAAUAUAUAUUUUUGUCCAAAAAAAGGCCUACAUAUGUGAUUAUGGCUAAUUCAAAGGGACCUGGAAUGUAUAUAUACUUUUGCUAAUGUUCCAGCCACACUGCUAUAUUACUCAAAUUUUUAUUGUAAAAAUCGUCUCUCAGCAAUUUGGUGAUCACUGGAUUUUUGGGGCAUUGCGUGCCACUAUUGUUAUAACUGAUAUCCAUUGCAAGCCUGGGAGAAGAUUUGACUGAGACUGCUGGAAGGUUUCCUUUUAUAAAACUCCAGAAAAUGCACUUUCUUGCAGUUCUUUUACAGUGGAAGUUAGCAUUAUUUAUACUACCAGUAUCCCUAUGGAGCCACUGGUUUACAGUGUCAGCAGCAGUCAAGAGACAAAAAUGUUAAUUUUUUUGCAUCACUACAAAAAAUAACAAGAUGAAUUACACUGUUAAGUAAAUCUAUAACCCUCCCUAAUCCAACAGCAUUUGAUCUUAGCUUUCGUAUAAAUCACAUUUAGUGAUUCUUUUGUGUAAAUAUGGCAUUAGCAACUGUGGAAGCCAAUAGAAGAAUAAAAUAUAUAUAUUAAUAAAGGAAACCUGUAGCAGUCAAAAGAUUUUACUGACUUACUGAAAACAAAAGAAUGAAUUAUGGUUUGGGUUUUUUUUUUCCUUCUGUAAUUCUGCAUCUAAGUUCACAUGAAUCAUGAUUCUAGAAUGUGGAAUACAAAGAUAUUGUUAUAUUCACAAGCUGGGAAUAUUGGUAAGAAUAAGCACUAUACUAUAGGUAUGAAAUUUAUUUCCUCCCUUUUCUUACGUUGAAUUUCUUUUUUAUUAUUAAGUUGAUAAAACUUUGUUUCCAUUGUAUUCAUAAUGUUCUGUUAUACAUAACAUUAAAAUGUUCAUUAAAAUCAA